UYUCAACUUCCUGGUUUGUUUCCGCCCACUGACAUCCCGGAGGCUCCGGGGCUCAGCSAGCAGAUCGUUCGCAUCCAGCAGCGCGCACGAGCGUCCCGUGCUGCGACCUUAAACUUGAAGAAACACCUGGAGACAAAUCCGCCUCGUGUCAAAAAGACUUUUUGGGGAGUUUUCCGCGUAAAUCAUGCAGGACGGAGGCAGGUUUUUCARCCCUUUCCCCACACCGAGGUGUCUGGCUGCAGCUGCGCCGGCUGGGAAAGCGAAACUAACUCACCCAGGAAAAGCCAUCCUGGCAGGUGGAAUUGCUGGUGGCAUAGAGAUCUGCAUCACUUUUCCAACAGAAUAUGUGAAGACCCAGCUACAGCUGGAUGAAAAGGCCAAUCCACCUAAAUAUAGAGGAAUAGCUGAUUGUGUGAAGCAGACGGUCCAGGGUCACGGAGUUAAAGGGCUGUACCGAGGCCUCAGCUCGCUGCUGUAUGGAUCCAUACCCAAAUCUGCUGUCAGGUUUGGGGUGUUUGAGUUCCUCAGUAAUCGUGCGAAGGAUGAAAACGGACGUCUGGACAGCACCAAGGGGCUGCUGUGUGGGCUCGGAGCCGGAGUGAUGGAGGCCGUGCUGGUGGUCUGCCCCAUGGAAACUGUCAAGGUUAAAUUCAUUCACGACCAAACUUCAGCCAACCCCAAAUACAAGGGCUUCUUCCACGGAGUCCGGGAGAUAGUCAGGUCACAAGGAUUAAAGGGGACCUAUCAGGGCGUGACCGCAACGGUCCUCAAACAAGGCUCCAACCAGGCCAUUCGCUUCUUYGUCAUGACGUCCCUGAAGAACUGGUACAAAGGUGAUGACCCAAACAAAAGUAUAAAUCCUUUUGUGACCGGAGCUUUUGGAGCCGUGGCGGGGGCUGCGAGUGUAUUUGGAAACACACCUCUAGAUGUCAUCAAGACCAGGAUGCAGGGUCUGGAAGCUCAUAAAUAUAAAAACACGAUGGACUGUGCCUUAAAGAUCCUCAGACAUGAAGGCUUGGCAGCUUUCUACAAAGGGACGGUUCCUCGGCUCGGCCGCGUGUGUCUGGAUGUGGCCAUCGUCUUCAUCAUUUACGAGGAGGUGGUGAAGACCCUGAACGCCGUCUGGAAGACGGACUGAGCCGAUGGGCGAGAAGAUGGCAGCUUCAGACCCAAAUCUAAGUUUCUGUCUUAAAAAAAAAAAACAGCUGCAAAGAAGAACUGAACUUCGAUCAGCGACGUGUGCCGAACCUGAAAUCCAACAUUUGCCCGAACAGAUUUACAGAAAAGAAAGUGUCYGAAAGGACUCGCAUCGAGACGAAGCAGAGCUCCUGUCGGACGAAGCAAACAACAAAGUUAGUCAAAUAAUAGUAAAAUACGAUUUUUUUUUUCUAAAUGUGAAAAAUAUCUUAACGCAGAAGCCAACAAAAGCAACUUUUUCCCUCCAGUGAUCUUCCCCCUCAUGCAGACUUUCAUUUUUUUUCAUUCUUGAUGUUUUAUUAAUGUUUUUACUGCAACAGUUCAGGUUUUAUUCUGGAUGGUUUUGAGUUCUGGUCGCUCUGUGUCUCUUCGUGUGCCUGUCGAAGAAUCAAACUGCAGCUGCUCACAGUUCAAACUUACAUUUAGGCCUUUAAUUAUUCUUUCUGCUGAAAAUCUUUAUACAGUUUAGAAUGUAACGUUAUCCUGGAUUGUAGUGUAGUAUUAGAUUAGGAUUAUGUAAAAGCUUGAAACAGGCCAAAUUUMCAACAACAACAAAAAAGAGCAAAUAUAUGUAAAGAAGUUAUUUAAAUUCUAUUUUAAAUUAAAAUAUUUAUUGAAAGCCGAAUGUUAAACGAGGCUGAGAGUCUUUUUGCUGUUAUUUGGUGCCAAAUGAGUCCCGUCUUUCUGUUAUUAAGUGCUAUUAAGAGGUUUUAAGGUUAUUUAAUUACUGUAAUUCACUGUGAAUGACCUGAAGACACUGAUUUUUAGAUUUCUUCGUUAAAACAGAACACUGUAAUAUUUACCAUCAGUUCCAAAUCUGAGGGUCUGUGGAAAUUAAUAAUUCUUCGUUUAGAAGUCCUACAUGACUGGACAGUUUUUUUGUUUUGUUUUUUUUGUUUUUUUGUAAAGCAGAGACAAAAAAAUGCCUCAUUUGCUUUCAAAUAUUCCAUAUCUUCAGGUUCAGCCUCUCACUCUUGUGCCUUCAGCUGUGUUUGAAAAAUAAAAAUGUUAAUGUGAAGUAACCUCAUGGGUUAUCUUGUUCAACUGAAAUAACUAAUACAAACAUUUGUCCUUCUUGUCAUGAGAAGUAAUGUGAAAAUAGUUAGAAUCUAUAAUCUUGCGGUGAUGAAUGGGUUAAAGUGACAAUUAUAUUUUUCUUAAUUAUUAAAUAUAUACUUUUUUAUGUUGGACUUUUUAUGUUGGACUCAAAAAAUUCUCACUGCCAAAUAUCUAAAAGUGUUACUGUGAAAAUAAAUCGGUGUUCUUCAGA